CGCCCCCGCCCACCGAUUCCCUCGAGGAGUCCAGGUGCGCCGCCUCCCCCUCCUUCCUUCAGGAGAAGCCUUUUCUCGCCCCGGCCGCAAGGCGCGUGGUGUCUUCCGCCGGCCGAUUCUCCCGCGAAGUUCAGGUUUUUCAAGAUACGUGGGCUUGGGACGGGUCGGGAACAGCAAGAAAUUCAGACUCAGUUGCGUGGCUCCGAAUGGACCUAAUACUUCCAGUUAAAGUUGGAGAUGCUAUAGAGACAAGAUCCUUUGAUCGUGGUUAUAGGGGCGCAUGGUUCCGUGGCAAGCUCACCGACAUGUGUAUCAGGGACGGUCACCUGGAGUGUCAAGUGGAGUAUAUAGACUAUCCAGAUGAAAAAAGGAGAUGGAAUAGACUCUACAAAGUUCCCCCAAAAUGUCGUAAUCAGAAAGCAGGUCAAAAUAGGGAGAUCAUGUUACGACCUCCUUUUCCUCAAUGGUGUUGGGAGAAUGAUAUUCCUGAGCAUUGGCCACAGAUGGAUGUUGUAGCAGUUGUAAGCAGUCCUUGGAAAGUAGGUGACUUGAUUGACUGGUGGUACAAAGAUUGUUUCUGGACUGGCAAAAUUAUCGAGUUGCUGGGUGAAGACAAAGUUAAGAUAAUUUGUCCUGAGAAACCAAUAGGUGAAGGUGGAUGUUGGGCUGCCGAUACAAAGGACCUUAGGCCAGCGCUUGAUUGGCCCCUCUUAAAAGGUUGGACCGCCCCUCUUUCACAGGUUUGGGAAACUUUCUGUAUCUUGUUUGACAGAUGCAUGAAAGCACUAACAGUUGGCUUUCUUUGGGGUAUCAAGAUUCAUGCUAAUCUUCCCUUCUACAUUUGGGUGGGCGGGGCGUGACUUUUUCUGCCAAUUAUUUUGGUAAAAUAUUUAUAUCGAAACAAGAUCCGUCUAGUAGUAUAUAUACUGGUGGUUGGUUGAAAGAAUGA